UGCACCAAUUAUAAGCUGCCGUGUGUCAUCCACUCCACAUUGAUGCGUACGACAUGCCGUUUAUAUCGUAAACAAGAAAAAAAAAUUGUGCUCGGAAAGAGCUUUUACCGUGGAAUCGUGGCCACGAGCACUUAGCAAAGCAGAGCAGAGCUGCUGAACUACAAAGUAGAGAGAGAGAGAGAUGAGGUUCCGUACGGUUUUUAGGAUUCCCGAAUGCAAAAACGCAGCGUUUUUGCUGUUACAGUGUCGAGCUUUCCGUUCCUACUCCAAGAUUCAAUCCACUCCCAAACGAUGUUUUGGAAUUGCUUUCGACAUUGAUGGCGUUAUUCUCCGAGGCCGUGUUCCAAUUGGAGGUUCACCCCGAGCUUUGAAAAGAUUGUACGGAGAUUCUGGUGCUUUGAACAUUCCUUUUCUGUUCUUAACCAAUGGAGGUGGCAUCCCCGAAUCAAGUCGAGCAAAUGAGCUUGGUGAACUUUUGGGAGUUCGCAUUUUACCUUCUCAGGUUGUACAAGGUCAUACACCUUUUAAAAAUUUGUUGGACAGAUAUGAGAACGAACUAAUUGUUGCUACUGGAAAGGGGGAACCAGCUCUUGUGAUGUCAGAGUAUGGUUUCACAAAAGUUCUUUCACUAGAAGAGUAUGCAUCCUAUUUUAAGAACAUUGAUCCUGUAUCUCAGUACAAGAGCUGGACAACGACGCGGGCAUCAGAAUUGGAUCGUUACUCAAAUGAGCUGGUGACAAAACAUGAUGUUUUAUCUAACAGGGUUAAGGCAGCAUUUGUAGUCAGUGAUCCUGUAGAUUGGGGUAUGGACAUUCAGGUUCUGUGUGACAUUUUAAGGUCUGGAGGGCUUCCUGGACAAAAGAAUGGGCAUCAACCUCCAUUAUAUUUUGCUGCAGAUGAUUUGGAAUAUCAGGCUGCAUUUCCAUCUGAGCGACUUGGAAUGGGUGCUUUCAGAACUGCUUUAGAAAGUGUCUUCAAUAGAAUUCACCAUGAUGUUUUACAAUAUAUAUCUUUUGGGAAGCCAAAUCCAUUUGUAUUUAAGAACGCUGAAGCUAUAUUGAGACAGCUCCAGCCAUCUUAUUUGGGUCAUUAUCUUUCAAAUAAUGGAGAUUCUGGAUCAGAACCCUUCAAAACUCUCUAUAUGAUUGGUGAUAACCCAGUGGUUGAUGUCAAAGGUGCAAAGCAGGCAGGACAUCCUUGGUUUUCUAUUUUGACAAGAACAGGCGUGUUUAAUGGGAACGAUAAUCAUGCAGAUUUUCCAGCAGAUCUGGUGGUUGAUACGGUAGAAGAGGCAGUGGAUUAUAUUUUGAAAAGGGAGAGUGCUUCUUAACACAUGACAUUUUGGAGCAUGAUCUUUUUCUUUUCCUCAUUUGUUUUCUCCUUUUUUUUUUUCUUUUUUUUUCUUUUUUUUUUCCCUUUGAUUGUUUAUUAUUGUCUAACUAGGUCUCAUAAUUCUUUUGCAACUCACUCCUAUUGCACGAAGAUUAUUUGAGAGUAUAAAAUGAAAACAAAGUCAUCCAGUUCUUAAGAUCUGGUGCAACACUUUUCUAGGUUCA